GAAGGGGUGGGAUUGUUUUGCUGAUCGUUGCUUCUUCUUUUUCUUUCCUUCAAUCCCUUCAUCAAUAACCGACAUGUUCCUCGCACUACAACUACGUCAAUACUCGACCGUCUGCGUUGUCUUGCUGGUUCUUUGACGAUCCGCUUCUGUCUUGGCUUGGACAACCUCGACUGUAAAAACCGUCCAUCACCUCCCUGCCCUCUUCUCUCACUCCCUCAAUCGUCAUCUUGCCUUUCCAUCGCCUCUCCCACCCAUCCUCCACCAUCUCUUCCUUCGCUAACUCCUCCCCUCGCCCACAAAUGCGACGCGAAAAAACAAACAAACAGAAUUCAUGGACCGUCGCCUCUUCCUCCACCUCCAAGGCGGGCGUCAAAUCUCUGGUGUUUUGAGGGGUUACGACAUGUUUUUGAACUUGGUGGUGGAUUCGGCGUUUGAAGAGCUUGGGGCUGGGCAGAGGAAGCCUGCUGGGAUGGUUGUUAUCCGAGGAAACUCUGUCUCUGCGAUGGAGCUUUUAGAUAAUCAGCGUGUAUAAUCCCUCCCCACUUUCCCACUUUCCCAUAUUCCUCUCCAUUCGUCUUUCACCCUCGCCCCUCGCCCUUCGUCUUUGCUUUUCCACUUUUCCCCACACACCUUCCCUCUUGUGCUUGUCGACAAAAAACCAACAAUCACCUCUUCUCUCUUCGAAAGCCUUCUGUAUCGGCGACGGUAGCGGCGGUAGGAUAUGGAAGUGUUCUGUGAAAAAGGUUGAAUUGGGACGGGGCGGUGUACUUUCUUCUCGAGGACGGCGCGGUAGAGGAAGGGAAGGAGAAGGAGGUGUUCUGAAAACUAGUAAUAUUCCCCUUUUGUAAAGAAAACAAUGCAAGCAAAAUCCACAGAAUAAAACCAAAAUGACUUAGAACGCACAAAGGCAAGAAUGUCCAGAAGAUUGAACGUCUAGUAGAUAUAUAGUCGAGAGCAGAAAUUGUCCAGCGAUACAAGUAUACGAAGAGUGAGCAAGAGUACGAGAGUGAGAAGAUGGUAAAGACGAAAGAUGGGUAAAGAUGAUAGAUGACGCGAAAGACUAGA